AUGUCCAACUCUAGAGAGUGGGAUCUUAGUUGCAAAGUUUACAUUGGAAAUCUGGCCAGAGGAACAUCCAAAUAUGAUCUAGAAGAUGUGUUUCGAAAGUUCGGUCCCAUGAAGAACGUGUGGGUGGCCCGCAGCCCACCAGGAUUUGCUUUUGUGCAAUAUGAAGAUCCAAGAGAUGCAGAGGAUGCUGUCUCCUCAUUCAAGGAGCCGCAGCCCAAGACGAUCUCCAUCUUAUGGGAGAAGAUCUCCUUCUUAUGGCAACAGGUCUCGAUCGCCAUCCCCUCUAACAAGGAGUCGGUCUCGCUCAUGAGGAACAAGGACAAGAUCUUCAAAUUACAAGAAUGGGAUCUAUCUUGUAAAGUCUACAUUGGCAACCUUGGCAACAAUGCUUCUGAAUAUGAAAUAGAAAAUAAUUUCAGCAAGUAUGGCCCAAUCAAGAAUGUCUGGGUUGCUCGAAAUCCUCCUGGCUUUGCUUUUGUGGAAUAUGAAGACCCACGAGAUGCAGAGGAUGCUGUGCGAGCUCUAGAUGGAACGAGAAUGUGUGGAGCCAGGAUUAGAGUUGAAAUGUCACAUGGACGUAAGAGAGGAUCUGGUGGGGCUCCACGUCGUCGUAGUCCACCUCCGCUGCCUCCAAGAGAUAGGCGAUUUCGAUCCAGGUUAGAUUCCCUUCUCAUUUAGGAACACAGUCAUUGUGUUCCUGUAUGACAAGAAAUGAGCACAGGGAGACCUUUUUUUUUGCUUUAUAUUCAAUGCAAUAAUAAAAACAAGAGUGUGUGGAAGGGGUGGGACAGGUUUUAUGUUGAUGUAAAGAGUGGGCGUGAAGAAGGUUGUUAGCCUAUAUGAGGGAGAAGAGGAAUAAUACAAUGGUGUGCUCCUUUUGAACAGGCCAUGUCAUCCGUUGUUCCACUUUACAACUCCUUCUUCUUCUCCCUGACAACCCACACUUUAUCAGCCAACCAACCAAUCAACCAACGAAUCACUUCUUUUUGGUCAACAAUCACCCAGCCAACCGACCAAUCAACCAUCAGGUGCACCACCUCGGGGCGGUGUUCGGCAGGCAUCUCAUUUUUCCAUCUCGCAACACCUCCCCUGAGCGGCACCCCUUCUUAUUUCUCCCUUCCUCAUCCAUGCACGGGCAGGCAGUGUGCUCUCCUCUGACCCUUGACCCGUUCAUAUAAAAGCCACAAAUGCGGGAAAGCGACAUACGCGCAACCACCCUCUCCCAUCUGGCACCCGCCUUUCAACUUUCAACCAACUUGGUUCAUCUUUGUUCAGGUGGUUGUCUCACAAUGACCUUAGUCCAAAUUCACAGUGUGCUGUGUUCUCUUCUCACCCGCUCUUGAUUUCAAGAAUAUCUACAUUACUUGCUUCUGUUUCUCUGGCUGUUGAAUGGUACCAAACUUCCAAUUCUCUUGUAUCAAGAUGAAAUGCACUAUUCCCUUUUAAAUUAGUUGCCAAAAGCUGUAGUUGUCAAAUCUGCUGCUAUACAUCUAUGUAAAUUUUGAAGAUGUAAAUUGUUGGCUGAUUUCAGAAAAUAAUAGGCCUAUACACAUGAUGUUUUCAGUUGCUUAUGUUUGGACAUAUCAUUGGGCUUUCAGGUCACGUUCCCCACGUAGGAGGUCUCGUUCAUUGUCUCGAUCUCCAUCUCCAGCACGCAGGAGGUCCUCUCUUUCACCUAGGCCCUUAUCUAGGAGCCCUUCCCCAUUUGCAAGGAGGCGCUCUCCAUAAGUUCAUGGAGUAGAAUGCCAAGGGAAUCUUCAGGAGUGAGGCUGAUGGAUGAAUUGGUUCACCUGACAGUGAAAAUCUGGAGUGGAUGUGGGCAUCACUGAUGGUGAACAUUGUAGUGCAUGAUUGACGUGUAAAAACUGGGAAAAUUUACUUCUUUUUUUUUCUUUUCCACUUCCAAGUGUUUGAGCAGGUAUUGCUACCCAUCUAUCUCAAUCUUUUUUUUUAUAUUUGUGCAUCCAUGUAAUCUUACUGUAUGGAUGUGAGAAUGUAAAUAAAUUGCUUGUUGAUGUCCUGA